AUGGCAGCAGAUUGGCUGUUUGAGCGGCACGCAAUCAAGAAGGAUGCCCUCCUAAAAAGCAUAGAAGUCGAUCUGAAGCUAUCUGCAUCAACAUUGACAUAUACAAGCACUGAAGGAACCGUCUCCAUCUCGCUCGACUUUGUCUUUGGAGCAACGCAAUCAACAAAUUCAUCUCCAUUUCCUUCUAAAUUAACAACCGCAACUGUCAAAGAUGUCGAAGGUGGCACAUCUGUCAUUGUACAUUCGCUGAAGCUCGUAGACGGAACAACCGAUAAACCCCCAUUAUAUCAACCACUGCUGCUAGAGCUUGCCUCAUCAUCGGAAGCCCUCGAGUUAAAAACCGCUGUUAGAAGCAUUCUAUCAGCCGAUAGAAAACCUAUCUACGUUGUCAUCAAUCCAUUUGCGGGAAAGAAGUUGGCAGUCCAAACAUACGAAACCGCUUCACUGCCAAUGUUACAAGCUGCUGGUAUCAAGACGGAAGUACAUCUUACCACACACGCACUUCACGCAACAGAACUAAUCACAGACCUAAAUCCAGAUCUGUAUUCGUGUAUAGCUGUCUUUGGAGGAGACGGAACGUUUCAUGAAGUGCUGAAUGGAAUCAUGACUCGCGCUGAUUGGGAAGUAGCGACCAAACUGCCCCUAGCCAUGGUGGGAGGAGGCUCUUCUAAUGCAUUCACAAAGAACACUGAUGCCCUAUAUCCAGAGCUGGCUACUCUGGCAGUCAUUAAAGGGUGUACAAAGUAUAUGGAUAUAUUUUCUGUCAUCACGCCAAAACAAGUCAUGUUUUCCCACCUUGAAGUUCUAUUCGCACUUAUAGCGGAUUUGGAUAUCGAGUCAGAUCGGUAUAGAUGGCUGGGUCCAGAACGAUUCACCAUGGCAGCUGUUCUGAAAUUCAAGCCUUCUAGAUGGUUGAGAAAGUACAAAGGCAAACUAUACAUGUUACCAUAUGAACCCUCUAAAGAGAAAGCCGAAGUAGCAGCCAAGGAGUAUCAGACCGAAGCAGCAAAAACUCUUGGCAAUCUAACAAAACCUGCUGGAUUCCAAAAUCACACGGUCUCGUCGCGAGGCAACGAGACUUUGGGAUAUAAUGGACCUCCGUUGAGAUAUACAGCGUCACCAACAGCGCAUUUAAGUUGGCCGGUCGUCGACUCUCACUUUACGUUCUUUGUCGCCAUGAAUCUCCCAUUUGCAUCACCAGAUUGGCUAACAAGUGAAUUUGCUCGGUUCGGAGAUGGUGCGAUGGAUAUCAUAUGGGCUGAAAAUCUCGUGAGAAGCCAAGUACUGCCUUUACUGAAUGAUCAGGCCGCUGGCCUGCAUUUAAAGCUUCCCGGCAUUCAAUUCCAAAAGACUCGAGCGUGGGUCUUGGAGCCCGAAGGUUGGGGCAAAGGAAUGCCUGACCCGAACAAGGUCAAGAGCGGAUCAAAGAAGGACAAGAAUGCAUUGCAGAAAGGCUACAUGGACAUAUCAGGCGAAGAAAUUGAGUAUGGCCCUAUUCGAGUUGAGAUUCACUCGGAUAUCGUCAAGGUAAUUGUUCCGAGUUGGCUCGAUGAAGACAAAUGGGGUAGAGAAAUCGCAUCAAUUCGAUUAAAAGGUGCAAAACUGUGA